UCAUAUCCUGGUCAACAACUUAACCUAAUUUCUACUAGAUCAGCUGUUAGAUUAAAGAUAGAUCGCGCAUAAAUAAAUGUGAGAUGGUAUUCAGUCUAAGUUUUUUUUGAAUAGUGCUAGUAUUUUGAGUAAAAUUGUGUCACUUUCAAUUGUGCAAUUUCGAAGUGCUUAAGUUUUAGAUAUUUGGAUAUUUUUAACAUGGCAGCAGGUUCAUCGUCACAAAAUGUUUCUGUUCAAGAAUUCACCAUAAGGGUGCCAAAAAUGAACCAGAGAAAGUACCACGUGAUGAGAUUUAACGGGAACCUAGGCGUGGACUUUGCAAAAUGGACUCAAGUAAAAAUGGAGCGUGAAAAUAAUAUGAAAGAAUUUAAAGGCAUUGAUGAAGAACAGCCGAAAUUUGGUGCCGGAUCGGAAUUCGGUAGAGAAGCUAAAGAGGAAGCCCGAAGAAAGAAACUUGGCAUAGUAGCAAAGAAAUAUCGCCCAGACGAUCAACCCUGGAUAUUAAAGUGUUUUGGAAGCACUGUUAAAAAGUUUAAAGGAAUCAGAGAGGGUGGUAUAUCAGAAAACACGGCGUAUUAUGUAUUUACACAUGCUGAAGAUGGGGCAAUUGAAGCUUUUCCUCUAUACGAGUGGUAUAAAUUUCAAUCUAUUCAGAGAUACAAAGCUUUGUCUGCUGAAGAAGCCGAAAUGGAAUUUAACAAGCGAAACAAGCAUUUGAAUUUCUUCUCUCUCAUGAUGAGGAAACGACUGAAAGGUGAAGAUGACGCAGAUUUAGAUGAAGAUGGGGAGAAAAGUAAAAAGACGUCAAAGAAAAAAGAUAAGGAGCUAAAAAUAUCUGAUAUGGAUGAAUGGAUGGAUAGUUCUGACGGAGACUCAGAUUCUGAUGGUGAUGAGAAGGUGGAAGAGGAAGAUGAUGGGGAGAAAAGCAAGAAAAAAAAGAAAGGUCCACCUAAGCCCAAGAAAAAGCGAGACACGGAUUUGGAGGCAGUUGAAGACUCUGAUGAUGGAGAUGAGGAAGGCAGAGAGUUAGAUUACAUCAGCGACAGUAGUGAAAGUGAGCCAGAAAAUACAAAUCUUGAUGGUGUGUCUGAGGAAAAAGGCUUGAAAAAACUGCUAAAUUCUGACGAGGAAGAAUCAGAGGACUCUGAUAAGGAGGACAAAGAUAAGAACAAUGAAGAAGAUGAGAAGGAAGAUGAAGCAGAAAAAAAAGCUGAUGAUGAUAAGGACAAGAAAAAGAAGAAAAAAGACAAAAAGUCAAAGGACAAAAAGAAGAAAGAAAAUGAUCCGGACGAUGAUUUCAGUUCAGACAGUUCUUCAGAUGAUGACACAAAAAAAAAGAAAAGUGACAAGAAAGAUAAGGAGAAGAACGAUUCUAAAUUCGAACCUGUAAGUGAGAACAGUAGUAGAGCAGCUAGUCCCACUGUUGAUGGAAAACGCAAAAUUAUAAAUGAUGUGAUAGCAGGUCCUAGCAAGAAACCAAAAUUGGAUUUGCCGAACUUUAUUCCAGGAUUGGCCGAAUCAGGAGUCACCGAGGAUUCGGUUCGUAAAUACUUAAUGAGGAAACCAAUGACAGCUACAGAGUUACUGCAGAAAUUCAAGUCUAAGAAGACUGGCCUAUCCAGCGAACAACUCGUUAACUUUAUGACGCAGAUUCUGAAGAAAAUCAAUCCGACCAAGCAGACCUUGAAAGGGAAAAUGUAUUUGUCGAUAAAAGCUUAGUUUUUAUCACUUAAAAGACUUAAUGUCCGUUAUCAUCGUAAGUUCGAAAUGUUAUAUCUAUGUACUAAGUGAUAAAUAAGUAUGACUUUACGGCAACUUACUUUUUCUAUCAAGCUAUAUGAAGGAACCAUUUAUUUUAAAACAUUGCCGCAUAUAUCGUUAAAAUUUAAUAAAAUCUUUGUGGAUCUAGCAAAUUUUGUAUAUACAUAUACUUACUUAAACUUGUAUUUUAUUAUUUAGUUUGGCAAUAUAAUUAUAUACAAUUUGCUA